GGGCCUGCGAUGCCAGCCGCCUGGUGUCCCCCGACGGCGGUGGCCGCGAGGUGGGCCCGGUGCAGCCUGGCGCGGCCGCCCCUCGUUAGCACGCUCGUCUGGGCGGAGGACCUGAGGCUUCGGCAGUGGGCAUCUGAGUUAGACGAAUUCGGGGGUUUGGGGAUCUUCCAUGCCCGAGCUCGAACCUCUGGUCUUUUUAAUACUAGUGGUGUGAUUUGCGCAAAGCUCUGACUUAUCCGAGCUUCACUUUUCUCUUUUCUGAAAAUGACCUCUUUAUAAAGAGGAUUUGGGGAGAUCACGCGUUGCUGCAUUAAUAACCAAAUUUGCUACGACUGAUUUUGAUGGAGAUAAGGGCGACUGACAAUUUUUUUGAAAUAUAUUUUUCCACCCAUAACCUGCACAGGGAGGGGAAGUGCAAGUGUGCUUUGGGGAAAAUGAGACGAUGAAGGUCAAGUGCUCAGCACGUGUUGCCGAGACUUAGGCUGACGGGGCACAGAAAUUGAAAUAGAAGUUCUCUAUUUGGAGCAUUGCAAGCAACUGCCUUGCUGGGAAGGAGUGGUCAGAGGUUUGACAGACGAGGUCACAUCUGAGCCUGGCCUACAGCAAUAUAAUAUGAGAUGAUGCAUAGGCGUGGAGGGAAAUGUGAUUUUUCACGUGAAAGGGCAACGAAGCCUUCAUUUCUUUGAAGGGGCCUAUUUUCUUUGAGCUUCACUUUCUUCACUUGUGAAAUCGGGAUUGGAGUAUGAGAUGAGUUACCACUCAUCUUUUCCUCUCUGACAGUUUGUAACAACCUGUGAGACUUGGCAAGAGGAAACAAUAUUGAAAACGUUUUUCUUUUCUUCCUGUAAUAUUUAAUAAAAUGUGUUUCCUACAAAUUUUCUUCACGGACUCAAAAGAGAAAAACAUUUCCAAGUAGACAUCCAAGCUCUGCCACCCCCUACAGGCAGUGGAAAGUAACCAACCAAAAACCUCAUACGGUUUCCAAGGCUGUAAAUCUUUAUGGAAGCUGAAGGCCACGUCUUUUCUGCUUCUGGUUAGCAGCCGAGCGCUUUAACUACUGCACCACCAUGGCUCCUUGGGGAAAGUUAGGCAACUUAUUUAUUCUCAGCCUUGGUUUUCUCAUCCAUAAAACUGAGAGGAUGAUAAUCCACUGUCCUGGCAGUUGUCAAGAUUAAAUAAGGUGAGUUAAAAGCCUUAUACAACUUCCAUAAAGCUUUUUUUUUUUUUUUUUAGACCUUACACACAAUACAGCACAAACAAUGGUCUUUUUUAUUCAUUACAAAUCAAGCCUGCUUUGGAAUCCAGGUUCUUCCUAAAGGUAGAAGAAACGGGUCUAAUCCCCUUGCCAUUAUGAAGUAGUGGAGAAGGCCCAUUCUUUGAGCUAUUAAAUCCUGGCUCUGCUACUUAUUAGUUCAGUGUGAAACCUCAGCCAGUCGUUUCACCCCUCUGGAAUUUGGUUUUCUCAUCUGUCAAACAGGGAUGACCAUACCUGCUUUUAGGCUUGUAGAGGAAAUUAAGAUAACAUGUUACAAACAUUGUUUCAGUUAUCUAUUGUUGUAUAACAAACCACCCCCGAAAAUUUUAGUGACUUAAACCACCAUUUAUUUUGCUCAUGAAUGCAAUCUGGGCAGGGUUCAGAUGUGGCAGCUCAAACGCUCGAAGCUAGAUUCAUGUGAUGGCUCGCUUCCAUGCUUUGGCUUUCAGAUGGGACCAUGGGGGCUAUUGGCUGGAACACUAGAUAUGGCCACUCCAUUGUGACACAAGCUGGUGGCUGGAUUCAAAGGGCAAGUGUCCAGAGAGGAGAGAGCCAGAUGCUGUACUGCCUUUUCUAACCUAGCCUUGAAAGUCACUAAGUGUCAGUUCUGUCACAUGGCACAUUCUCUUCCUUAGAUGGGAAUCGCUAAGACUGGCCUAUAUUUAAGGGGAGUAGAAUUAAAUUCAAAAAAUUUGUGCACCUGUUUUAAAACUACCACAAAUCAUGAAUGAAAUAAGUUUGCAGCGCAUCACAGCUAUGAUUCUGGUCUGGCUGGAGAUAAUUUCCUGCACUGCAGGCACGUGUGUGUGUCUGUAUUCACAAGAGCCCUGGCAGUGCAGUGGUUAAAGUGCUUGGCUGCUAUCCGAAAGGUCAUCAGUUUGACCCCACCAGCUGCUCCUCGGGAGAAAGACACCGACCGGACCCGCAGUCUGCUUCUGUAAAAACUACAGCCUUUGACACCUUACGGGGCAGUUCUACUGCCCUAUAGGGUUGCUAUGAGUUGGAACUGACUCGAUAGCAAUGAGUUUGAUUUGGGGUCUAUGCUAGCUAAGACCUGCUCUUCCACCAGUGUCUUCUUUAUGCCUGUAGGACUUUGGCCUCAUCUCACUUACCUCUCAAAAUCUCUAUCGUUGUAAAAAAAAAAAAAAAGCAAUUAUCACCUCGGAAUAAAUGUGAUAAUUUACUAAGUAAGGGAGUCCAUCUAUAAACUUUUACCUGUGCACCAUGCAAAAGCUAGAUGCUUGCAAAUCCUUGUUUCAUUGUAGCUAUUGAAUGUUAUUCUUGGCAGGGAUAAUUUGUAAUUCUAAAUGCUGCCUUUUGCAACUAAUAAUCAAUUUUCAAAUUACAGUAUGAUGAAAUCCUUCUGAAAGGGUAAGAGGAACAGAGAGAUGAUUUAUCCUGGUUCUGUACUAAACAUGUGUUAAGAUACUGACUUAGGUUUGAAUUGUUAGUUCAACGAUUGGCAUAAGGGGACUCAAAGGUUCAGUCAUUUGGGGGAAAUGAGCAGCCCAUUAGAGAAGCAAAUUAAAAUAUCGGAAACUUAGAAAUUACAAGAGCACCUGUGAGAGUGCUUAACGCUGGGCCAUUACCCUCAGCACCCUCAUUUCAUUUCGCAAAGCUAACACCUCAACUGUCCUGAGCUUCUCUAAAUUGGCUGUUUCUUACUCGGUUUUUCUUGCUCUAAGGAUAAUUCCUGUUUGAAGAAGCCAGCUGUGGAAUUAUAGCCUCAGAGUAUGGACUGAAAAGACAUUAGAAUUUACUAAAGGACUUCUGGAAGAUUACACAGCAAAUUUAUUGGCGGAAACUAGACCCCUUCUGGCACCUUCAUCUUUGAUUUUAUAUACAGAGAAGUACUUAAUACAAAGUCUGACACCAAGCCUGUCUAAUCUUUGGCUGAACGGUGGAUUUCAGGAGUGGCUUCAGUUCUGAGUUGGCAGCAUCUCCGGGGGCUAUAGACUUGGUGAUUCCUCCAGUCUCUGUCAGACCAUUAAAAGGGAAGAUAAAAAAGUUUUUGAUUGAUGAAGAAUCUGCUAAGAAGUGUAUAUCAAGCCACUGGUUGAACUUCUGUUAAACAGAGAAUGGAAAAGAAGAUCCACUCCAGACCUUUAGGAGAUAGUACAGUUAAGAAACCUCGUUCCCUAAGGACACUGCCCAACAAGAAGUCCUCUGCCUUCCCCGGGGUCUGGAGUCAGUUACCUAGUACCAGUCAUCCAGUGCCACAUCAUGCCUCACGUACUUGGAACCGGAGGGGCCAGUUAAGAGAAUUGCGCAUCAGAUGUGUGGCCAGAAAGUUCUUGUAUUUGUGGAUUCGAAAGACUUUUGGAAGAGUAUUCCCCUCUAAAGCCAGAUUUUACUGUGAGCAGCAAGUACUACGAAAGGUCUUCAGAGAAUGGAAAGAAGAGUGGUGGAUUUCUCAUCGAGAGUGGAAACUCUGUGUUCGAGCUGACUGUCACUACAGAUACUACUUGUACAGUUUGAUGUUCCAGACCUGGAAGACCUACGUGCAUCAGCGGCAGGAGAUGAGGAACAAGUACAUGAGAGCUGAGGAUUAUGAUGCAAAGCGAAAGAUUCGCCAAGCCUGGAAGUCCUGGUUGAUCUACGUGGUGGUUCGUAGGACCAAACUUCAGAUGCAGACUGCCGCCCUGGAGUUCCGGCAGCGAAAUAUCUUGUGGGUAUGGUGGAGCGAGUGGAGGAAGUGCCUACAGCAGGUCCGUGUGGGCCGUGCCCUCUACGCCUCAGCUAUGAAGCACAGAGCCCUGAGCCUCCAGCUGCAGGCUUGGUCGCGGUGGCAGGAACAGCUCCUGUGUAUGCAGAGGGACAGACAUAAGGUGGCCUGUGCGUUGAAGCACCAUGAGUACUGGCAAAAGCGGAGCUCCCUGAGGGCUUGGUUUGAAUAUCUGCAGCUCCGAAGAGUGAAGAGACAGAGGAACGAGAUGGCCGAACGAUUCUACCGUGUCACUGUGCUCCAGACACACUUCUGUGAUUGGCAGUGGGCCUGGGAGUGGAGGGAGAGCUUGUACGCCCACCGUGCCCUGGUGGAGGUGCUGGCUAGGAGGAUGGUGCUGCGGCGGGCCUUUACUCACUGGAAACACUAUGUGCUGAUACGUGCAGAAGAAGCUGCCCAGUAUAAGAUGGCGGAGGAGCACUGCCGGCACCGCCUGCUGACCUUUUACUUUAGAGCCCUAAAGGACAAUGUGGCCCGGGCACAUCUCCAGCAGAUAAGAAGGAAUCUUGCGCACCAGCAGUAUGAGGCCACGCUGCUGCGCCGGUUCUGGGGCUCCUGGCAGUCUCUGCUUGAGCAGAGGGAGGAACGGGAGCAGCUGUCCUUACUGCGUGCUGCCUGGAAUCACUACAGGAUAACAUUGCUACACAGGUGUUUCAAAUUGUGGUUACAGUACACUCAGAAGAGACGCUACAAGCAGCUGCUGCUGGCCAGAGCGGAUGGCCAUUUCCAGCAGAGAGCCCUGCCUGCUGCCUUCCAGGCAUGGAGGAGACUCUGGCGAUGGCACCAGCAGGAAAAUGCCCUUAAUGCAAGAGCAAUACGUUUUCACAGGGAGUUGUUAGGGAGGCAGGUAUUUGCCAUUUGGUGGCAGAAGAUGUCUCAGCAUCGAGAAAACCGCUUGGCAGAGAGAGUGGCCAUCCUUCAUGCCGAGCAGUGGCUUCUGCACAGGGCCUGGUCCACAUGGCAGCAGCAGGUGGCAGCAUGUCACCAGGAGCGACAGAAGCAAGCAGUGGCCUGUGCCCACCACCGCCACUGGCGGGUCAGGAGAACCUUUCAUGUCUGGAGGGAGAGUGCUCGAGGGCUCAGAACAGAGAAGCUGGGAAAGGCGCGGGCUGUGGAGUUCCACCGGGUGCAGCUCCUGCUUUGGGCCUGGAAGAGGUGGAGGGAGUGCCUGGCCCUGUGCGAUGCUGAGCGGCAGAAACUGGUGCGAGCUGACUUACAUCACCAGCACUCCUUGCUGCACAGGGUGCUGCGGAGAUGGAUGACAUCCCUGGGAAUAGGGAGAAGUAUGGGACCAGGGGCAGCCUCCAGCCUUCCCAAUCUCCUACAGACUUACCAGGACAGGGUGCGGCAUGUCCUACAAGAGGUGGCAGCCAGGGAGAGCCAGCACAAAAGGCAGCUGCUACGGGGUGUGUUACAUCGCUGGCGAGAGAACACCAUAGCCUGUGUGGAUGAAGCUCAAAAGGCCUCUCAAGCACGUGAUCACUACAGAAGGACCAUGUGUUCAAAGGUCCUGGCCCAGUGGAGGGAGGCAGCAUCGAUGCAGAUCUACUGCCGGCAGCAAGAAGACUGUGCUGUCAGUGAGGCCCGAGGUGUGCUGGCCAGAGGCUGUGUCCAGGCUGUGUUUCAGCGCUGGCGGGACCGCAGCCAGAGCAUGGCCCAGCAGAGAGUCCAGAUGGAGAGAGCGGCCCAGCAUCACCGGCUCCGACUGCUUCAGGAGAUGAUGGCGCAGUGGAAGGCCCACCAUCUGGGGUUUAUCCGGAAAAUGGACUCACUGCCCACCCUCAUGUGCCUGGUCCCCCAGCUCCUGCAGAGGCAGGGUACCCGGUUCUUGGCCCAGAGACUCAGCCAGUCCUGCUUCUAUCAUUGGAGACGGCAGCUGGUGGCCCGGAGGGAGGAGCAGCAGGGCACAGCGCGGGCCCUGUGGUUCUGGUCCUUCUCACUGCAGGCAAAGGUAAUCGGGGUACAGGAUCUUGAGGACCGGGGUUUCAGCCCUGCCUGCGGGGAGGAGAGUACCUGGUCUGGGGGGUGGAUAGGGUGGGCCUCACCUCUGCUCUUCUUGGAGGCCUGGGACGCCUGGCUGGGUUUUGUGCUGGAAAGGAGAAGAAAGAAGGCGCGGCUGGAGCAGGCAAUGCAGGCCUAUCAUCACCAGCUCCUCCAGGAGGGUGUCACCCAUCUCCUGCGGUUUGCAGCAGGUGUGAAGACUUCUCGGCAGCAGCUGCAAGCCCAGAAGCAGGCGCAGGCGGCCCACAGCCUCCACCGCGCUGUCCGCCGCUGCGCCAUGCUCUGGAAGCAGAAGGUGCUGGGCCCAGCCAGGCAGCUCCUGUCCCCCGUGCCUGCCCUGCCCAACAGGAGAGUGACAUUUGAGGUUCCUUUUCCCAGCCUCAUCACUGCUGGGGCUGGGGAUGCCGCCCUGGAGACCAAGAGGCCGGAAGCGAGGCCUGAGCGAGGUCUGGGCAGCCUAGCCCUGGCCGCUGGGGAUCCCCAGCUCCUGGAACUUCUUUGUGUGCAAGUAGAGAGGGUUGGACUGGAUGACCACCUCCCCACAGAGAUCAGGCCCUCCUGCAGCCCUCGAGGAACAGGCCUCACGUGUCUUCCCAGGAACACAGCCCGCUCCGCGAGAAAGCAGCCCCGAUGCCCUGACUUCCUGCUGGAUCCCAAGCAGAGCCAGAGACCCCUGGGGUGUACUCCAUUUGGGGGACAAGGGCUCAGGCCUGAGAAGGCGCAGGAGCACAGCCAAGGUGCAGCCCAGCCAGCCAGCGAUUCCCUGCCAAGGCCCUUCCAGGUGGAGGCCCAGACAGCCCCGGCCCCACGCAACCCCCUGCCCCAGCCCGGGUCCCUGCCAAGACCCCGUGGCCGAAGGCUGCCCUCUACGGCAAGUGCAGGCCCCGAGCUGAUGCUAUUGCCUCCUUCCUCCUUCAUGCUGCAUGGGACGGAGACGCCUGCUAGGGUGUCAGCGCCGCUUCAACCCCACAUACCCACAUCCCUGGCUGGUGCCCCUGACCCCCAUCUGCUCCUCCCUGGGGACUUCACAGGCACCAGGGCCUGUCCUGGACUUGGCUCUGAAGUGGCAGGUGGCGCCGAACUUGAGGUUGAGCUCGAGGGGAUCCGCCAGCAAUUACAGCACUACCAGGCCACCAAGCAGAACCUCUGGUCCUGCCAGCGGCAAGCGAGCAGCCUGCGCAGGUGGUUGGAGCUGAGCCGGGAGGAGCCCAGGCCUGAGGACCAGGAAGCAGAACAGCAGAUGCAGAAAGAGCUGGAGGAGGUGAGGUCCAGGGCCCCCCACCAACCUCAGGGAGGCUCAGGCUCUGCUCCCACUCAGCCAGCCGGCCACCCCCUGCCCACAGGUGGAAGCACAGAUCCAGCACCUGGCUGCCGAGCUCCAGGCCCAACGCCAGCCUGUCAGUGCCUGCAUAGCCCGUGUCCAGGCCCUGCGGCAGGCCCUGUGCUAGCGUCCUUGCCCCGGAGGGCACCUGCUGGACUGCGUGGGAGGCUCAGGCCGCCUCCAGGAACAGAACACAACAGACCACAAUGCUCUGACGUACUUUUUUUUUACUUUUUUAUUUCAAAUUGUUAGUAAUUAAAUGAAUUUACUGUCCAGAAGUCUCCCACUUUUCAUACAAAAAUACUGUGGUACUGAUACAGUUGAAAAAGUUCAAUGGCUUCUCCUGCAGGAGAAAUUCACAGCAUCCCCAGGAUCAACAUGAAACCUGGCCCUGUCCCCACCAGUGGCUCCCCAAGGAAUGCGUACCUGUUAGCGGGGCACAGAGUUUGUUUUCUAGGCCCUGACUCUCACACACACUAAGGGCCCUCUUCCUCCAGCACAAGCCCGUUGAAAUCAAUAGCAACUUCCCCGUAUUUCAUGCAGGCCUGGAUAUGGGGGUGGGCACAAGGACAAGCUCUCCCCGUCCCAGAGUUGCCCCAGCUGGGCCUCCACUAGCUGCCCACCUGCACUCACUUUAACACCGUCUGGGUACACCCUGUCACUGGUCUUGCCUGCUGGGGAGAGGACUAGACCAGCUCUGGAAGGCUGCCCACUGGGCCUGCAAAGGACUGCACUACUGCAGAAACAGCCUGCUGGCGUCACCAUCCUAAGACGACACUGGCAAGAGAGUCCGUGGUGAUGAGUUCAGCCACAGUGCAAAGGAAGAUUUAACUUCUUCCACUAGGCAGGGUGAGAACUUGGGGACAGAAAGCCACUGUCAUAAAGGCUGUGUGGCC